UGGACGUGAAAUUUCUGCUGCGCUUGGAAAUUAUUUAUUAAUUUAUUUUUUUUUAUCUCUGCUCCUAAUAAACCUACUUGAACAGACUGUACUUUUGUUGAAAAAAGAAGAGAAGACAAAGCAAAAACAAGGGGUUUUUAUUAUUAGUUUAUAAGCAGGUUUUAUAUGCAGAGAUUUAUUGUGUUUGUUAUUUGGGACAUUCAUAAGGAGUUUAUUGUAGAUUUUCCACGUUGGAAAAUGUUCAAAAAUGGAAAGUGUUUGCAAGCGUUUGCCUGCUGAGUACAAUAAAAUGUAUGCUAAUUCGGUAAAAUAUGGAUUUAAAUGAAGCUGCGUGAAAGUAUAGUUGUGGCAUUGUCGAAGUAGUUGUAUGUGCUAAAUUUUUCCAAAUGGCUGCUGUGUCUACGUAUCACAAAAUGGCGUGCCGCAGAUUUCCGGAAACGUGGCAGAUGUUUUUGUAAUAGAUUUUGAUAUUCUGGACAAGAACCUAUGUAUUUGCUUGGUUGCCAGCUUGAAAAUCGGCAAGUGCAAAUAGAUUUUAAACCUUUUGUAUUUUAAACAGCGUGGAUGGAGUUGGAAUAAACUGGAUGUGGCGCUAAAUUAAAUUAUUUUCAGCGCAUUGUUUCGGAUUCCUGUUGAAAAUAUGCGAUUGUACGCUUCGAUUGUAAAUUGUUGCCAAAAAAGAUAUGGCAAUACCACCAUUGUUUGAUGCUUGCAUGAAGUUGGCUGCGCUUUCAAAUGUCGCCAUUGAUAUUCUAUUACAAACGAAAUAUUUCACCAUUGAAAAUUUUCUGUAUACUAUUUUCGCAGUCAUUUCACAAGCACGUCGUCGAAAUUGCGUUUAGUCUUUGAAAAAACUUGGCUCCGUGGGAAAUCCAUUGAAAGCAAUCUGAAAAUUAUUAUAUUUGUAUAGCAAUAAUUGUUAUGCGUACUUGCAAAUAAAUUAAAUUAGGUAAUCUUUUAUUUUAUGCAAGCAUGGUUUCAUGGGAGUGAUGUCUGAGGAUGAUUCAAGAUUAUAUACGUACCAAGUAAUAGGACGUAUUAGUUAUGUAAUCUAAGUUGAUUGAUAUACGGAAGAGUCCAAGUCGUUGAAAGUAAAGCUAGUGAGUGACAUCAUCCGUCUUGUAAUUGGCUUUUGUUAAGUCUUUGUUGCAGUAAUCACAUUAAAAAUAUGCCACGAAUAGUUCCUCUGCAGCUCCUAAAGUGCCUGAAGGUGCUGCUGGAUGACAAUGGGGGCAUCCUAAGCAUAGGAGAAGUAAAACGGAUCGCAGGAUUAAUGAAUAGAUAUUCAAAGAAACUUGUAUCGAAAUGCAUUUAUGUACAAAUUUUAAAAGUUACAAAAACUGAAUUACUUGGUGAAUUUAUGGGUGUUGGUGGCUGGUCCUUGGUUUAUAACUGGUUGAACGACGCUAUACGUGCUAUGAAUUGGCCACUGGUGCAGGAAAUAUUAGAAUUACUCUUACUUUGUCCUGUUGAUGUGGAUAGAUUGAAGAUAAACUCUGCACCAAAGUUGGUGAAAGGACUUUGUAGGGAUGGCGGCAAUGAAGGCGUCAGAAUACUUGCGAAACGUUUGGUGGAACAGUGGUUGAAGGUGGUAACUGAAAAUACAACAAACGCACAAGUUGAAAAUGCUCAGCAACAGACAAUUGCCAAUGUACCUGCAGCUCCAAGUGUUCAAACAACACCUGUUGUUCGGCAAGAACCAAAAAUUAUACCACCUCCCGCAGAACCAAUUAAAAUUAAGGCGCCUGUAGUAGUAAGGCAGUCAUCAUCAAAUAUUGUAGAAGAGGACCCUUUAGCUGAUGUAGCAGAUGUGCCAACUGAAACAUCUAGUUAUACACCAACAUCGGCUCAAAAGAAAGCUAGCGAAGCCGGUUUGGUAUUCAAACUAGUUAUUAGAGAUGGUCAGCAAGUUUUGGCAAAAGUGCCAAAGGCCGCGCAAGUGACACCAACCGUCGUUCAUGAAGAAGAGAACGAGAGAGAUAAUGUUGAAGAAGCUGAAGAUGAGGCUGAAGUUGAAGCUGAAAAAGCUGAAGGUGAAGUAGAAGUGGAUCAUGACGCCGAAGGCGAUGUCGAAGCUGAGCCUGAAAAUGAGGAACAGGAAGUGGAAGAAGAAGUUGACAGCGGAGCAGCCGCCACGGUGGUAGAAGAGGAAGAGGAGACCAGAACAUCACUUGAUAAACCAGACAAAGAAAGUGAAAGCAGUGCUGACGAUGAGACUCCGACUCCACCCUAUAAUGAUAAAGUUGAUGAUGCAGAAAAGUCUUCAGAUCGGAAGAAAUCCUUAGAUUCUGAAGGUGAUAAAUCAGAAAUUAAAGAAGCUAAAAGUUCAAAAGAAAGAAAAGAAAGCAAAAAUAAAGAAAAAGAACAAAAAGUUGAUAAAGAUAGAGAAAAAGAUCGAAAGUCAUCGUCUUCCAGCCAUAAAUCAUCGAGUCAUAAAUCGAAAACCUCUUCUUCGAGUAAGUCAAAAUCCUCAUCAUCUUCAUCAUCACACCGCAGUUCUAGCGAUAAGCAUCGCAGUGACAAGGAGCGUUCAAGUUCCAGCAAAGACAAAGAUCGGAAAGAGGGUAGCAGCUCAAAUAAACAUAAAUCGUCAUCUUCAUCAUCUAAGUCUUCAUCGUCAACAAGUUCAAAAGACAAACACCGCGAUAAAGACAAAGAUAAGUCAUCCAAUUCCUCUUCAUCUUCAAUUUCAACAACUACAUCCCACAAAAAAGAUAAAGAGCGCGAAAAAGAAAUACAAGCGGAGAAGGAUAAAGACACUAUUAGCAAGUUGACUCAACCAUCUAUUGAUAAAUUAGGUCGUAUUCCAAAGAAACCUAAGGAUGAAUCAGAAUCCGAAACGGUUAAGCCUGCUUCAAUCACAAUACCCUCAAAAAAGGCAUCAAUGUCGAUUGAAAUUCGACGCGAUUCGGAAAAGACCAAAACAGUUAAAACGUACAAAUCACAGUUUCGUUCGCAUGGUCUAACUGAAGAAGCGCCACCACCGCCGUCACGGAAAGGUUUGAAGAAACCAAUAUCGAUUGCAUCAGCGCCUGGUACUGUCAUUCCUGCAAGUUUGCCUUCAUCGCUGAAGCGGCCUUCACCACCACCUAGUAGUAGUGAUUCGCCCACACAGAAGAAAUCCAAGAUCGAUAUUAACAACCUGUCUGUGGCUAACGAGAAACCUGGAGCCAUCAAACUCAUCGCUCCCAAAAAGAUUCAAACACUCGUCGAAACGAAUCUCUUCUCUGAUGCACUCUCAGCAGCUACCGGCCCUAAAAAGAUCACAAAGCGCAAGCGCUCCACUACCCCGGCUCCCGGAGGACAAACAAAAGAGGGUCCUUCACCGCCCACAAGUCCUGAUGGACCCAAGGUUGCACCUUUGAAAUUCUAUCAAGACACAUUGGAUGAGUCGAAGAGCGAUGAAAAGUCCGAUAAAGAAAAUGACGCCAAAGAGCAGAACAGCAAAACUGAAGAUUUGGAUGCAGCCGAUAAGGGCAAUAGCACAGAAGACGAUGAUGAUAUACCAUUGAAAAAGGUGAAGGAGGACAUUGAACAGAAGGUGCUGCGUGAACAAAAAGCUGCAGAUGAUGGUGACGUCGUCACUCCUAGCCCCGCCAGCGGCUCAGUCGAUAUCACUGGCAGUGAUGCGGAGGAAGAUGCCGCCACAAAGGAAGCGAAAACGGAUGUUGUCGAAGAGGAAGAAGCGCGCAAACCGCCUGGACCUGGUUGUGGUCCGAAUGGUCCACCAGGUGUGCUCAUGCUACACAGACGCAAAGGCCCUAAAAAGAAGUUGACUUGGCGCACGCAGGAACAUCUCGAACAAAUACGUUACUUUGAAUUGGAUGAAAAUGAGCGCGUGAAUGUGACUAAGGCCCAAUCGUUUAUGGACAUGAAAAAUCUGGAACGUUAUAGUGAGCGCGAUGCCUUCAAUAUUGCACGUCGUGGCUUCACCCACGAUGACAAUAUGAGGCCACAAACUGAAUGGCGGCCACUAAUCGAAGUCGACGGCGUACCACCACAUCCGAACGGAAAUCAAUCGAAGCAACGUAAGGUACAAGCCGACCGCGAGCUAACCACUUUGCGUGCGCUCUACUUUUCGCACAGCAUGAUACCCGAUUCACCGGCGGAGGCUGAAUUGGAGCCGCAUUUCGCAUACGAUGUGCCCGUUAUACCCUUGGAAGACAUCACCGGCAAUCCGGACGCCGUUAGCGAUUACACAAAUAUGCCUUGGCCCGAACCGAAGGGUUCGCCCAAAUACCCAGAAAAUAACAUAGCCAACAACACUGCCAAACUGACAAAUGCGCAAGUGAAUGCGUCGUUACCUCCAAACAACGUAAACGCAUUUCCUGCUUUUAUGCCGCAGUACGCUGCUGCGUCCGCAAAUAAUAUGCAUGCAUCGCAAAUGCAGAUGCCCAGACCGGUACCAGGGGUGGCGACAGCAGCAGCAGCAGCUGUAGCUGCGGCGGCGGUGGCGGUUGCGGCGGUGGGCGCCGGAUCACAUCCAGCAUGGCAAGGUGGCAAUUUCAAUGGACCAUUAGGCGCCAUAGGCGGUCCCUCAGUUGCACAACAGCAACAACAGAAUUUAUUGGGAGCAUUCGGUCCAGCGGCGGGCAAUCCACAAUGGCAAAUGCAUGCCGGCCAAUAUGGCCCUGCGCAAGGCCCCUUCAAUAAUGGGCCUAAUUUUGGACCUAUGGGCAUGAUGGCGCCGCGUGUUAUGGCGAAUAUGGCAGCGGCGAAUGUCUUCGAGCGUAAUAAUAUGAAUAAUAGUCACCACAAUAAUAAUCAAAAUCGGAACAAUAACAGCGGUAAUUGGCGGACAGGUUCCAAUUUCCAAGAUAACAUUGGCAGUGGUGGUAACUGGCGUUCAGGUGGCGGCGGACAAAAUCGAGGCGGUGGUGGUGGCGGCAACAACAACAACGGUGUGUGCAAGGCAUACAUGCGCGGCCACUGUCGCUUAGGUAAAUCCUGUAAAUUCAUACACCCAAAGAGCAAACGCAUAUAGGAUUCGCCAGAAUCUUCAGACGAAGAUUUAGCAACGAUCUCGAUAAGCAACUGUGAUAGUGGCGACAAGUCGAAGCAUAAGAGAACUAUCUAAGCGAUCAACGAAACGGAAAUGUGAUCUGUGAAACGAUCUGAGAUCGAAAUCGAUUGCUGCUAUAAACUGCCCCGCCUUGAGCCACACUUGAAAGUUCUUGAAAAGGCUACUUGUGGUGUACGCCUUUUGACGCCGGUAAUGACUGCUGUUGUUGUUGCUAAAGUAUGCGUGUGUAUCGCGCAUCCCCAAGUGAAUAAGUGAAUGGUCACCAGCGUCGUAAACUAAAUUCUGAAUGAAUUACAAAGAGGAGAAACAUUUUAAUUUUUAUGAAGUAAUAUUUUUUUGUACAAAGUAUUUUUUUUUUCACUAAAGGAUAAUAUUCCUAGCUAAUUAGAAGAAAAAACACUUGCAUUUUGGAUUAUGUAAUCAUAUAAACUAUUAAUUAAUAUUUAAAUUUAUACGUUAAAAGGCAAUCGCACUAAUCAUAGUCGUUAAUUACAUACAUAGUGUAGCAUAUUGUUUUUUUUUUUAUUAUAAAUCGCCUAGAUUCAUUCAUAUAUGCAUACACUAAACUUAUUUUAGCAAAAUUGUGUCAGCACUGCCCCUAUGCGUGAUGCACAUUCAUAAAUGCAUAGAUACAUAGCUAUGUAUGUACAUACAUAUGUGUAUAAAUAAAUUAUCGCUUUCAUACGCAGCGCGUCACAGACGCAUUCAACGAACUUUUUGCUGUGUUAACAUCAUUUUGUAUAUACAUAUGUCUUAUUGCAUUAUGGACUUAAUGUCGAAUUUGUUGAUGCAAUUAAAAAAUCAUUUCGUGCAUAAAUUUAUACAUUUAUAACAUAGCAAUUAAAAGUAGCAUAUUUAGUCUUAAGCCUUUUCACAAAACAAUAUGCCGUGUAUGCCGUAAAAACAUUGCAUACAUACAUUUAUAAAUAAUUUACGUACAUAUGUAAUUAUGAAACGCAUUUCAGAAUUUAUAUGU